UAGUUAUGAUUUGGUUUUUAUGCUGGAAGUAGAGUUGUAUGCAAACAGCUUGUGUAUUAUGAUUGUUAUGUUUAACUUGUAUUCUUAACCUUUUUGCAUGUCGAAUUCCAAAAUCCUUUUUUAACCGUCCUUGAUGUUUCAAUUUGAAAGAGACCAGUGGGGGCUGAGACCAUUGAGGCUUAAGAUGACUGCCUUUCCUGGUUGGCCUUUCCAAACAUUGUGUGACCCUUGCCCUAUGACCCUUUGGCUGACCUUACCGGAAGCCAUGACGACAGCAGCCUUUUGCCAUUAGACGCAGGGUGAUGGUGAGGAUUAAAAGGGUUAGACCAAACGGCUUUAAACUGGAUUAGGUGACUCCCUUGCGUGUGCUUCCAAGUGCCACUUUUUCUUGUACCUCCUGCCUUUAAUGUAAAUAAUGUGACUGGCAACUCUUGUAAAUGCUUUUGUAGAACAUGCAUGUAAAUGAUUUAAAUUUUGUUAUGUCAUAAAGUUUUAUGUCCUUGUUGAUAAGGUUCGUUGAGAGCACCCCCUAAGCAGUCUCAUAACACAGCAGAACAGAGUGAGUAAACGUCUCUUCUGCUUAUUGGCCAAAGUCACGGCUUCAAAGGAGGUUUUUAUGUAAAGAAUCCUAUUCUUUCUAGUUUUAAUUAAAGCCCUCCCAAAAAAGAUUUAGUUUGUUGUACUGUACAUAUUCAAUGGAGACCUGACUUUGCUUUCCAUGUGCAAUAAAGGUGGUUACAGGAGCCAGAGAUCCGGCAGAGAUAAAUAUGGACCUCCCGUGCGCACGGAGUUUAGACUUAUCGUGGAGAAUCUCUCCAGCCGCUGCAGCUGGCAAGAUCUUAAGGAUUUCAUGAGGCAAGCCGGUGAGGUUACAUAUGCUGAUGCCCACAAGGAACGUACCAAUGAGGGAGUGAUAGAGUUCAGAUCUCACUCUGACAUGAAGAGAGCUUUGGAUAAACUUGAUGGCACUGAAAUUAACGGCAGGAAAAUUCGUCUAGUGGAAAGCAAAGCACGUCACAGAAGGUCUUACUCUGGCAGCAGGUCAAGAUCACGUUCCAGGAGCAGGCGAAGAUCUCGUAGCCGGAGCAGACACAGUAGCCACAGUCAAUCCAGAAGUCCUUCUCGGUCUCCUAGUAAAAAGACCCAUUCGCGGUCACCUGGCAAGAGGAGCAGAUCCCGGUCACCUGGCAAGGGGAGCAGGUCCCGGUCACCUGGCAAGAGGAGCAGGUCCCGGUCACCUGGCAAGGGGAGCAGGUCCCGGUCACCUGGCAAGAGGAGCAGGUCCCGGUCGCCAGCAAAGAGAAGCAGGACCCUUUCACCAGCCAAAAAGAGCCGCUCCCGAUCUCCCGCUAAGAAAAGUAGUUCUCGUUCUCCAGCAAAACGCAGCCGUUCCCACACACCAGCUAAGAGUCAGUCCAGGUCCAGGUCCAGGAGCAAAGAAAACUCAAGAUCACCAUCAAUGCAGCGAAAGUCUCGUUCGGAGAGUAAACCUAAGUCAGAGCAAGGUUCUCGGUCCCGAAGCAGGUCCAAAGGAAAGCGUAAGAGGUCCCGAAGCAGGUCUAAAGGGAAACGUGACCGAUCCAGCAGCCGACCCAAAACAAAACGAGAUCGGUCUAGGAGCCGCUCUAAAGGAAGGCAUGAUAGGUCCAAGAGCAAGCGUUCUCGCAGCCGCUCUAAAGGAAGGAGAGAGCAGUCUAAGGGGAAGAGAGAUGUGUCUCGAGAGAGGUCACGUGACGGAUCACUUAGUCCUAAGGGGAAAAAAUCCACAGAGAGAUCCCGCAGUCUAUCAAAGGGGGACAGGGAGGGAUCUAGAGAGAGAUCCAGAGGUCGGUCCAAAGGGGAACAUGAUCGUUCCCGGAGUCGCUCCCAAGGUCGCUCAAACACCAAUCGGGAAAGGUCUUCCCACAGUCGCUCCAGAUCCCCAUCCCCGCAAGAAAAUGGCAAGGUGGAUGCCAGAUCCAGGUCCCAAUCCCCAAUGGCAGCCUGUGCUAGCAGAGGGGGUUCAGCUUCUCCUCCUCCACGCCCAGCCUCUGCUGCCAGUUCCAGGUCUCGCUCCAGCUCCCCAGAGUAGCCCGCAGUGUGAAGGAGGUUGAUAUACUUCGUAUUAGGACUCAGCCCUGAGAAGUCUAUAACCAUAGGCAAGCCCCUUGUGUGAUCAUUUGCAGGAGUUUCUUCUUGCUCUUCUGUACCAAUUAGUUUGGUAGGGAAGAGUAUAAGCUAUGUAAAUACACGAAGUAUAUCAUUUUUUUUUUUUCUGCAUGUUUCUUCAAGCAUCAAAUUCUCUGGUGCUAGAAGAUGCUUCUCCAUCAGCUGUUUCUUAUUACAGUGGUUUAAUAUGUUGAAUUCUUGUAUUAUCUGAAUUUGCUUUUGUUCAAAAUGUUAAACCAUACAGUACUUACUAGACAUCAGAUUUCAGUCUCAAGCCUUCCACAUUGUAAAUAAUGAUUUGUAUUGUCUUGGGGCAGUUUUUAAGUUUUUAGUAUGUUCUAUAUGUGCAUAUUUUUGGCA